GCCGCCUACAAAUUUGAACUCUCAUGAAUGACUCACUAGUCAGAACUCACUCCCAUCCCAUUGCCCCCCCCGAAAUGGACCAACGACGAGCCCCGCGCUCCGUCAUUGACCCGAAGGUCCGGCAAGUCGGGUUCUUUUUUACGGGCACCGACCAGAUGCUCUCCUCCUCCGCUCCCGUCGCCGAUCUCUCCUCAUCCCCUUUGCCCGGAAACUCCCUUUCUCCUGUCAUGAUUCCGCCGCCCCGCCACCCCUCCGACACACUUUCAUCAUCCCCUGUCCAGCGAUCUUCCAUGGCCGCCGCCGCCGUGGAGUCCUUGAUUGUGGGAAGCUACAAUGCUUCUGAAUUAUUCCCUGCCACCUCCCCCUCUAGCACAGGCCCAAACCCGGAGCUUUCGGAUGACCUUGGGGUGUCACCUGGCCGGUCCAAGAGAGCCCCAGCUUUUGCGCCGAGUAGUGUUCCAGCGAGUGGAUUGACUACCGUUUCAGUGGUCAACUUGCAGCCUGAUAUGGUUGCAGAAAAGGCUGUCAGUGCAUCAGUUGAAGUGCAGCAUGACCGAACCACAACUUCGAAGCCCUUGAAAGAGAGGACCUCUAAAGCUGAGAGGCGGGCACUUCAGGAGGCUCAACGAGCUGCAAAAGCUGAAGGGAGCAAGGCACACACUGCUGCGUCCGGGGUGGUGAAUUCAGCUAAUAUAAAGCCAGCUAAACCCUCAAAGACCCUUUACCAGAAGAAUGACUGUGGCCCAGGUGCUACUCCUGAGAAGAAGGGAGUAGAUCGCCCAUCUGAAAAGGAUAGAAAGAAAGAUGUACCUCAUCCACGCAUGCAAUAUGAUGAUACAAGUCGGGUAGAAAAGGCAAAAAAGCGGGCUGUGGUUAAACAAACUGAAGCUAGGAACAUAGUAGAAUCGUUUAGACAUUUGCCUCAGUAUGAACAUGGAACGCAGCUUAGUGAUCUCGAAGCAAAGUUUUUCCAGCUUGAACCCAUGCAUUCAGCUGUGUACAAGGUUGGACUACAAUAUCUGUCAGGAGAUAUAUGUGGUGGCAAUGCUCGUUGUGUUUCAAUGCUGCAAGCAUUACAAGAGGUUAUUAAAGACUACUCCACGCCUCCAGAAAAGACUCUUUCCAGAGACUUAACUGCUAAAGUUAGUUGUUAUGUUUCGUUCUUUAUUCAGUGUCGGCCACUUUCAAUCAGCAUGGGGAAUGCAAUUAGGUUUUUGAAGAAUCGCAUUGCGAAGUUACCCUUGACUCUAUCUGAAUCAGAAGCAAAAGCUUCUCUUCAGUUGGAUAUUGAACGUUUUAUAAAUGAGAAGAUCAUACUAGCAGAUAAGGUGAUAGUCAAACAUGCUGUCACAAAGAUCAAUGAUGGUGAUGUUCUGCUUACAUAUGGGUUAUCCUCAGCAGUUGAAAUGCUACUAUUGCACGCCCAUGAGCUAGGCAAACAGUUUCGUGUUGUGGUGGUGGACUCUCGUCCAAAGCUUGAAGGGAAACUAUUACUUCGUAGGUUGGUUGGAAGAGGUCUUAGUUGUACUUAUACUCAUAUAAAUGCUGUUUCUUACAUCAUGCACGAGGUUACCCGUGUUUUUCUUGGUGCUGCAUCUGUAUUGACUAAUGGGACAGUCUUCUCAAGAGUUGGAACCGCAAGCAUUGCUAUGGUUGCUCAUGCAUUCCGUGUCCCAGUCUUAGUCUGUUGUGAAGCGUAUAAGUUUCAUGAAAGGGUGCAGCUUGAUUCAAUAUGCUCCAAUGAGCUCGGUGAUCCAGAUGCCAUUUCAAAGGUUUAUGGUAGGCAGGAUAUCAAUGUCUUGGAUCAUUGGGCCAACAGUGAAAAUCUGCAGCUUCUGAAUCUGAUGUAUGACGCAAUGCCUUCGGAUUAUGUUUCAAUGAUUAUUACAGAUUACGGCAUGGUUCCGCCUACAAGUGUACCAGUAAUUGUGCGAGAAUAUAGGGGAGAACACUUAUGGAUGUAGAUGGCUUGUCAAUGUAUCGUGGAAGCGUCUCCAAAGUUUUGCCUACACUUUCAUUUUACCUGCUAAUUCAAGCUGAUUAAUAAGAAUUAUGGUGGUCCUCAUUGAUUUUGGUCUUUUUUUCUUCUUUCACCAUUUUGGAAUAAUGCUCAGUGCAGAAGAAUGCGUUUUCUCGCUUCUCCAAGCGGAUUUUGCGACCCAUCAUUCUUCUCUUUUGUAACAAUUCCCUGUACGAGUGACACAGAACUGUUUUCCCAGACAGCAUUUGUUGCUGAAUGGAUGAAUGCACCCCUAGCUGCUUGAAAAUGUUGGAUCAGAAGAAAGUCUUAUUUUAAUUUUGUUGUACAUCAGACUCUGAUGUUCGCGGUUUGAUGGUAUUUCAGCUGUUUAGAUGGUUCGAAUGCUUAAA